UAAAACCACUACAAUCUGAUAAAGGUCACUACAAUCAGAUGAUGGAGCCGAGAGCCAGAAGAGGGAACUCCUCAAUUGUAAACAGUGGCUACCUUGUGUUUGAGUUUGAUUAAUUUGUAUUGGUUAGGGCAAGACACCUAGGUGGUUGUCAAUAAGGGUCUGAUGAUGAAGCAGUAAGAUAGUUAAGGGAAAUCUUAAACGGCUAACGGGAGCUAUCUUGUGUUUGAGUUUGAUUAAUUUGUUUUGAUGAGGACUUUACAGCUAUAUGGGGUGUGAUUGUUAUUAGAUUAAGUAGUAUGAUAGCUUAGAGAACUCCUCAUUGCCUAACAGUAGCAACCUAGUGUUGAAUAAUUUGUAUUGGCGAAAAUUUUUUGCUUGUUAGUUUUUAGUUUUCGCAUUUUUUUUUAUAAUAGAAGAACACAGAGGUGAUGACAAUCCUCAUUUUUCACCAGUUCUGUUACCAGUCCGAUAUAAGAGGAGGUGAGCUUAUUGUCUUGUACUGACCUACCUAACUUACUUACUUAACCAAGAGCUUUAAAGGACUACACUAUAGGAAAAAACGCACUGCUUGCUCUACUUUUACGUGGUGUGGAAUAUUUUUUUCCAAAAUGCUCAUAUAAAUAUACUUUGCGGUACUCGAGCACCAAAACUACUUACGUAUAAUAUUACAAAAACCUAUAUUAACAGAGAGAGUGUCAGACUCUUACUAACUAAAAACAAUGCCGUUCAUACUCCGGCUCGAUGGUAGAAAAUUUUGAGUAGUUUAAAUUCAAAUUCAAAGGUUCAAAUUAUUCACCACCAGACUUCCUGACAUGCAAUUUAAUAUAUUGUGAGUAAUUUUGCUUGUCUGACUCAUUACAUUGAUAAAAUCAUUGUUUUUAAUUAAAUUUGAUUAUGAAGAUGGUGAUUAAUAUUAAAUUCUAAAUAGUUAACUGUUUCAGCAUCGGUUUUCUUGUUUCUAAGAUAAAUUUUAGUUUAUCUUUUUUAAUAUAUCUUUUUUGUAAGCAAAGAAAAUCAUCAAAUUACUUCUCCCGUCUAGAUGAAGCGAGAAUGAGUGUCAGACAUUUACUGUCUAAAAACCACCCCGCUCCUACUCCUGCACUCCGAGCCAGAGCCCCUGUAACCUUGUACGUUUUCCGCGACUCCGUAUCGGCAUCAGCCCUAUUGCGUGAUGGUGUGAUAGCUCAUUGAGGCGAGCGCGGAACGCGACACGACUUUUCGAAGUAACUUUAAAAAAUUUCUUAAUAAACAUCAAAAAUUCAUUGACUGACAAGCCAAUUUUGCUGUGCAUGUUGAGCAUUAUCAGUCAAAGUCUUAUCGUUUUAUUAGAUACACACAAUUAUCUUGAUCAGAUAUUUUAAAUUGAGUCCCUAUAUAAACUUUUGGUUAGUUUAAAUAAGGUAGUUAAAUUAAACAGAACGGAUUGUUUGCACAAAACAAAAUGGUUCUUACGACAUUAAUAAUUAUAACCAGCUUAUUAACUUCGUAUGCAGUCAGUGAUUCCUGUGUGAGGUACAAUUUCGAAGAAAACUUUAAUAAUAUAUUAGGUAGCUACGGCUUGUGUCGCGGCAGGUCUAAAUGGGUUCUUGACGAGUACAGCAACUUGAAUUUAGACAGUCCAGAUGAGCGUAGCACCAAGUUUAUUACACCCACACGAGAUGCUAAUCCAAGUUGUUGGUCAUCGUCUGUAUUUACAAUUAGCCCGGGUGGUACACUCGAAGUUAAACUUUACAUUAAUUCAGGAGACAGAAUAGUCUAUAUUGAUGUUUACGUCGUCAAUGAUGUUACUAACAUUUUCGAAGGAAUAGCCUCCGUAAACUCUCCAAUUAUAAGAGGGUGGUACACGAUGUAUGUACCAUUGAAUAAUAAAUCUGCAAUUAAAGCCUAUAUAUCCAUUUUUGGCGCGACAUCAGCUAGUUCUACAGUUUUAGUUGAUUCACUCCGCUACAUACCACCCGGUAUGAAUGAUAGUUUUUGCCAGAUUUACGAAGAUCCACCAACAACACCUGAGCCGACGAUUACUCCUCAACCAGCAACUACUACAGAACCAAUAACUACUCCUGAACUGACAACUACUUCAGAACCUACAAUUAAUUCCGAACCAACGACAAUUCCAGAAGCAACAAUGACUUCAGAAGCAACAACAAUUUCAAAACCAACAACUACUCCGAAAUCAACAACCUAUCCAGAACCAACAACUACUCCUACAUCAACAACCUAUUCAGAACCAACAACUACUCCGGAACGAAUAACUACUCUUGAGCCGAUCACUACUCUUGAACCAACAAUACCUCGACCUACUACCACAAUUGAACCAACAGUAAUUAGCCCGGAGUCUACGACUACAAAUCCUGAUGUUAGGCCACCUACUGACACGGAAGAUAAUACAUCGUUUUGGAACAAAAUAAUCAUUACCAUAAAUAAUACUAUAAAUAUUAAUAAUUUAAAAUAAUACAUAUUUUUGUAAACCCCUUUUUGUUAGUUAAAGCAUAUAAAUAUUUUAUGAACUCAGACGAAGGAAGACUGAAGUACCUUCUAUUAUACGCAAGUCUCACCACAAUGUUUAAUUCUGUGUAUACGAUUAAAAGAUGACCCCAAUAUUAUGAUUAAUGAAUAACAUAACCAUGGCUGUACUUCAAUAGCAAUUAUAAUAUAUUUUUAUUAUAGAAGUAAAGUAAUUUGCAGAAAUAAAUUCACUUGUUUCACUUGUUUCACUUGUUUCACAAGUAUAUUGUCAAAUGUAUUUAUAUUUUGUCAAUGGAUUCUUAGUAGUUGUUUGGCUAUUUUUUGUGAAUAACUUAGAUUAUUACUGUAAAUUGUGCGUUAACGUUUUGCCAGGAGUUUUAAUUUCAUUAUCUGUAAUAUUAAAAAAUAUUGU